AUGGCGCUGAAGGUGAGGAAGGAAGCUCCUGCCUCUUCCAAAACGGAAGCCAAAGCAAAGGCUUUAAAAGCCAAGGAGGCCGCGCUGAAAGGCGUCCACAGCCACAAAAAAGAAGAUCCGCACGUCACCCACCUCCCGGCGGCCCAAGACCCUGAGACUAAGAAGGCAGCCCAAUACCCUGGGAAGAGCGCCCCCAGGAGACACAAGCUGGACCAUCAUGCCAUCAUCACGUUCCCCUGGACCACAGAGUCUGCCGUGAAGAUCGAAGAUAACAACACACCUGUGUUCCUCGUGGAUGUCAAAUCCAACAAACACCAGAUCAGGCAGGCUGUGAAAAAGCUCUAUGACAUUGACGUAGCCAAGGCUUGGAAGAAUAGAGCAUUUUUUCUGUUAGCAGCUCAAUUAUAUUUGAGUAUUAUUCACAUAAUUAUCUCUUGAUCAACAGGUCCUUCAACUGGAGAUGCCACCCUGAGGAGAAGAAUCAAUCCCUGGGAAUUUGAAGUCUUCUUCGACCCCAGGGAACUCCGUAAAGAGACCUGCCUCCUCUACGAAGUCAAGUGGGGCGCGAGCCACAGGAGUUGGCGAAGCUCAGGCCAGAACACCACCAAGCACGCCGAAGUCAACUUUAUAGAAAAAUUUACCUCCGAGAGAAACCUUUGCCCCUCUGUCAGCUGCUCCAUCACCUGGUUCAUGUCUUGGAGUCCCUGCUGGGCAUGCUGCAAGGCCAUUGGAGAGUUUUUGAGGCAACACCCCAAUGUCACUCUUGUUAUUUAUGUAGCACGACUUUUCCAACACACGGAUCAGUGUAACCGGCAAGGCCUUAGGGACCUCGUCGUCACUUGUGGCGUCACGAUCCAGAUUAUGAGUGUCCCAGAGUAUGAUUACUGCUGGCGAAAUUUUGUUAACUACCCACCUGGAGAAGAAGCUCACUGGCCAAGAUACCCACCUCUGUGGAUGCAGCUGUAUGCACUGGAACUCCACUGCAUAAUUCUAAGUCUUCCACCCUGCUUAAAGAUUUCAAGAAGAUAUCGGCAUCAGCAGACAUUUUUCCGCCUUCAUCUUAAAAACUGCCAUUAUCAAAUGAUCCCACCCCACAGCCUUUUAGCUACUGCGUUGAUACCACCUUCUGUGACUCAGUGA